GCUGCCACUAGACCCCCCUGCAGGUCUGUCUGCGCCUCCGCCCCGCGCCCGGCAAUGCUGACAGCGAUCUGCGGCUCCCUGGGGACGCAGCCCUCCGACGCGCCCCGCGCCUCCCCGACCCACCUUGACCUGCAGCCGCUGCAGCCCUUCCAGCCCCACGGCAGCACCGCUGCGGGAGCCACCGACUUCUCCCCGCUGCCGCCCCCGGAGCUGCCGCUGGCGGGACCCGAUGCCUCUGCCUUCGCCGCUCCCGGCACCUACGAUCCUCAUGGCCCCUCUCGGUUAGAGCUGCCCGCCGACGGCUCCGGCGCCUACGCCAAGCUGCUGCCGGCCGCCCCGGACAUGGCGCAUCCCUACGAGCCCUGGUUUCGGCCUCCCCAUCCCGGCCCCCCCGAUGAGGAAGGGGGUGUCAACUGGUGGGACCUCCACGCCGGAGCCAGCUGGGGGCAAGGUGGGGGGUUGCAGGCACCCGGGCACCCCGGGCUGCCGCCGGCCCUGGGGGGGUACGGCGGGGGGGAGCACCAACUCUGCGCCCCCCCUGCCCACCUGCUGCCCCCCCCCGCCCAGAACCUCCUGGGACCGGAGGGAGUGAAGGUGCUGGAGGGACUCCCCGAGCCGCGGGGGCCGGAGGCGGAGGGCGGCGGGCGGCCGAAAGGUGCUCGUCGCGCCGUGCCGCGGGGCGGGGGGCAGGUGGCGUGCCGCUGCCCCAACUGCCAGGAGGCGGGAAGGGGAGGUCCCUGCCCCGAGGGGGUGAAACGCAAGCACCUACACAACUGCCACAUCCCCGGCUGCGGGAAGGCGUACGCCAAGACCUCCCACCUGAAAGCCCAUCUGCGCUGGCACAGCGGCGAUCGACCCUUCGUCUGCAACUGGCUUUUCUGCGGGAAACGCUUCACCCGCUCCGACGAGCUGCAGCGGCACCUCCAGACCCACACCGACGCCAAGAAAUUCGCCUGCCCCAUCUGUGGCCGUGUCUUCAUGCGCAGCGACCACCUGGGCAAGCACAUGAAGACGCACGAGGGGGACAAGGACGGGGGCGAACCCGAGGCCAAGGGCGCCGAGGACCCGUUGGCCAGCAAGGGAGGCAAGAGGGAGUCUAACGCAGCCCCCACAAACUGAGCCGCUGUAGCCCUGGGGG